UAAAAUUCCUUCGUUAAGUUUUUUGACGAAGUUUUUUUUUGUUUACCGGUGAUUUGAAAUUUUUGAUUCCAUAAGAAGUGAAAAAAGUUAAUUAAAAUGAGUUUAGAGCAAUCAAUUACACAAUUAGAUGAUAAUUAUAUGAAGAAGAACUUGAUAAGAUCCAGACAGAAUAUACUGCGUGAUGAUUUGAGCGUUUCUAGUGCCAGCAUUUAUGGAAGUACAACACAAAGCGUGCUGUUUAAAGAAAAGACAGAUUUACUUUAUGGACAUUUCCUAGCUGUCAUUCAAUCCAGCACUAAUGAAUUGGAGAUUUUUGAUACAAUCCAGCAUUUAAGGCAAGUCCUUGAAAAUACAAUAGAUGAUAUGCAGGUUGGAGGAAAGAAAGCUUUUGGUUCAAAUAACUGGAUUAGACAAGAGAUGAACACUUGGAGCUUAAUUCAUUGUCUUUAUAAAGACAGAUUGAUUACACAAAAAGAGGAAAUGGAACAAGAUGAUUUGCCAUUAGUAAACAGCGAAAAAUUGAUUGUUGAGCAUCUAUACUUGAAUAAUGCGACACUUCGUGAACAUCAAUUGAUCCUCGAUUGGCUAGAACAAACAUCGUAUGAAGAGAAUCCUAUUCAAGUUGCUCAUUAUGGCGAUAGAAGUGCUAUGGCUUGGGAAAAUACUCUCCAUCACUUACAGAAAGUCGGUCGAACAAUGUUUGGAGGAAAUCGUGAGCUUGUUAAGAGCUUAGAUCCAGAUGCACCACAUCGUGAAAAUCUCCCAUUACAUGAUUUGGAUAUGGAUGAUCAGCAAAGACUUGUAAAGCAUAUUUUCAAGUGCAUAAGACAAGGAAAAAUUGAUGAAGCUCAAAGUUUAUGCGAACAUUGUGGACAGCCAUGGCAAGCAGCACUACUUGAAGGAUGGCGACUAUUUCAUGAUCCAAAUUAUGACUCGAAUGAGCAGAAAAACAUUAAGUUGCCAAUUGAAGGAAAUCCAAGACGUGAUUUAUGGAAAAAAUGUGCUUAUGCCAUGGCAGAAAGUAAGAGAUUGGACGAUUAUACAAGAGCUGUUGCUGGAUGUCUUUGUGGAAAUCUUGACUCAUUAUUAAAUGUUUGUAAUGAUUCAUGGUGGGAUUUACUUUGGGCAUAUCUUCGAGUUAAUAUUGACAUUCGUGUCGAAUCAGAAAUUCGUUCAUGCUGUGCUAAAAGCUACUGUGAAAUGCCUGAAAAAUACUGGGAUGCUAAAAUGUCAUUAGAAAGAAUUUUCUCGGAACUUGAUGGGAAUAAGAAUAUGCUGGUUAAGGCUACAGCUCGUGCAAGCUUCGCAAUUAUCCAAAAAUAUCUUAUUCUUGAUGAUAUCAAGUCUUUAUUACAGCACAUGAAUGAUGUUUUGGAAACUGAUGAAGCAACUCCACAAAUGCUGCGCCUUUUUGCUCAUUUAGUGCUGUUUAUCAGACAGAUUAAUAGAAAUCAUCAAGAAGAAAUGGGCGAUAAAAUAAUUCGUGCAUAUGUUCAGUGCUUAAUGAAAAUUGGGGAUGCACAACUUGUUGCUUUUUAUACUGCAGCACUUCCAGCAAAUCAUCAAAUGCAAAUUUAUUCAGAAUUCCUUGAAAGUGUCCCAGAAUCAGCACGUAGAAAUUGUUUGGAAGAAGCUCAAGCUCAUGGAUUGGAUGUGGCACAAGUUGCAAGAAUUACAGUCGAAAGAAUCCAAGGAAUGAUCGAAGAUCCAGAUCAGACAAAAUUAUUGGUAGGAGAAAUGUCGGAACUUGAUAAAAAGAAAAUUUCAUCCCUAGAAUUUUUAAUCUUCAGUCAGGAACAACGUUGUGAAUUGUUAUGGCAAGCAAAUACAAUGAUGAGAUAUUUUCUAGCGCAACGAAAGAUUGAUGCUGUAAAGAAAGCAUUUAGUAUGAUUCCUUCAGAUUCCAUUCAAAUUUUAGUUCAAUUUCAUGGUGGGAAGACUAAAUUACCACCAAGACCUGAAUGUGCUAUCCGUGAAUAUUUGUGUCAUCAGACAUACCUUGCUGCUAUUGAUGGAUAUAAUGACUGGAUAGAAUUCUUCUAUAAUAAAAGACCAAAACAACCGAGUGCAGUUCAAGGAAGGAAUUAUGCAGAAAAAGCAGCAUCUGAGCAUCAGGAACAGCUUUAUCAACAGGAUAUAGCUAGAUGGAAGAAUGCUCUAAAGGAACAAACUAGUUCCACAAAAGAAUUGUUCUAUAAUGUCUUAUUGUUCCCGGAUAAAGGAUGGCUUAUCGAUGCAGAGGAACUAAAGAUUGAAUAUACAUCCGACGAUGAUGUUAAUGCUUGGGAAAAUCGUCGAAUUCAGAUGGAAAAUUUGAGGAAAAUUCAUAUACCCGACUUAAUAUCUCUGCUGCAUAAAAUCUUGUCAUUAGCUGAAGAGCAUCAAGAAUGUAUUAAAUUAUGCGAGGAACUAGCUGCAGAACAGAAUCAACUAUACAACGUAUUUAGCAAGCAUAAACUCAGUGAAUUCUUAUCAAAAGUAGCUGAAUCAUCUCUGGCAUUAAUGAAUGAGAAAUUGGAUCCAUUUGGCUUUGCUACUGAUUAAUUUUAUUAAGUUUUUCUUUUAUUUUUCCAAUUUUUUGUAUUUUUAAGAAAUGUUUACAAUAAAUUUUCUUUAAGAAUAAUUUCAAGGAU